AUGACCGUCAGAAUCACCGACUAUGAUCACUUCAAGAACGUCUUCGAGGAGAAGAAAUCGCAGCCUGUGAUCCUUUUCUUCACUGCCUCCUGGUACAUCUCAUCAAUUUCUGCUUCUUUUUGCACAGAUUACCUUUCAGGUGUGGACCGUGUCAGCACGUCUAUCCUGAAGUCGAAACUUUGUCGGCGGAGCACUUGGAUCGUUUGACGUUUUUCAAGAUCGAUGUCGAUGUCGAUGAAAACGAGGAGUUGGUCAACCAAUACGACAUCAAUUCAAUGCCGACGUUCGUUCUGGUUGUCGACGGAGAAGUCAAGGAGCAGUUUAGUGGAGCCAAUGUGGAGAAGCUUCGUCAGCUGGUCGCCAAUGCUCUUGCAUAA